CACCCGGCGGCCGCUUUGAUGUCGGCAGCCCUUGGCCGCCCCGCCGCCGCUCUCGCACACAGGCACCGGGCGCUCCGUGCCUCUGGCUGCCGCCGGCGCCCGCUGCUCCCACAGAAACUUUGCGGGGCUCGGGCCGGGGGGCGGCACCGGGUGGGGGGGGGGCACAGAGAGCGGCAUCCCGAGACAACUGCCCGGCUGCAGCACGCAGAGCCCCCCGCCAGCUGCCGGGGAGGGAGGAAGGGAGGAAAAGAUUGAAGAAAGGACGUUUUUUAUAUUAGUAUUUUGUUUUUUUGUUUUUUGUUUUUCUUUUUUUAGGGAGAGUCGGAAGGGAAUUUAGGAGGAGGGGGGAUUUCUUAGAGAAAAAAAAAAAAAGAAAAAAAAAAAGUUAGUUAGAAUUUAUAGAGGGGGGAAAAAAAGUUUAGAAAGGCAAAUUUGGAGGGAGCGAAGUGUUAUUUUUUUCCGAAGGCAAAAUAAUUGAGGGGGAGCAGGAGGAUCGGCCGGCAGCAGGAGGGCUGCGGGGAGAACAAUACUGAACAAUACUGCGGGGAGUUGUGCGCGGCGCGGCACGGAGCGACAUGCCGCAACUGGGCAGCGGCGGAGGGGACGACCUGGGGGCCACGGACGAGCUGAUCGCCUUCAAAGACGAGGGCGAGCAGGAGGAGAAGAUCCCCGAGAACGCCUUUACCGAGCGCGAUCUGGCCGACCUCAAGUCCUCGCUGGUCAACGAGUCCGAGGGCAGCGGCAGCCCCGCAGCCGCCGCGGAUCCCGAGGCCGUCCGCCGCGUGCAGGAUCCGCAGAGGGUGUAUCAGGAGAAGCUCCCGGACCACAUGGAAGAUGCAGGUAUGAAGCACCAGGACCCAGGGAUGUAUAAAGGAUCCGCAUAUUCUGGCUACCCCUUCCUCAUGCUCUCAGACCCCUACCUGCCAAACGGAUCUAUGUCACCUCUGUCCAACAAAGUUCCUGUCGUGCAGCCGUCCCAUGGAGUGCACCCACUCACGCCGCUCAUCCCCUACAGCAACGACCACUUCAGCCAUGGCUCCCACUCGCCCCAUCUGCCCGCUGACAUCAGCCAGAAGCAAGCAGUGCAUCGGCCUUCCCAGACCUCCGAUAUCCCCGGCUUCUACCCGCUCCCCCCAGCUGGGGUCGGCCAGAUCACGCCCUCCAUGGGAUGGCAGAGCCAGUCUGUCUAUCCGCUCCCGUCAUGUGGAUUUAGACAGCCGUAUUCGUCAGCGCUUUCUGCUGGGGCUUCUUUCUCCAGGUUCACUCACCCGCUGAUGCUGGGCUCCGGCAUGCACACCACUGGCAUCCCACACCCCGCCAUCGUGCCCCACUCAGGCAAGCAGGAGAUGGAGCACUAUGACCGCAACAUGAAACCUCAGCCAGAACCAAAGAGAGAGAAGGAAGCCAAGAAGCCCACUAUCAAGAAGCCCCUGAAUGCUUUCAUGUUGUAUAUGAAAGAGAUGAGGGCGAAGGUCAUUGCUGAAUGCACGCUGAAGGAGAGCGCGGCCAUCAACCAGAUCCUGGGAAGGAGGUGGCACGCGCUGUCCCGGGAGGAGCAGGCCAAGUACUACGAGCUGGCACGCAAGGAACGGCAGCUCCACAUGCAGCUCUACCCCGGCUGGUCCGCACGGGACAACUACGGGAAAAAGAAGAGGCGGACACGGGAAAAGCAGCAGGACUCCAACUCAGAUCCUGCCUCUCCUAAGAAAUGCAGAGCUCGCUUUGGCCUCAACCAACAAACGGACUGGUGCGGCCCGUGCAGGAGGAAAAAGAAGUGCAUUCGGUACUUACAAGGAGAAGGACGCUGUGCCAGCCCAGUUUCUUCCGAUGGAAGUGCUAUAGACUCCCCUCCCUCCCCCCCGGACGCACUCCAACGCGUACCCUCCGCUUUCCCUUCAGACAAGCUCGCAGCCCCCGCAGACUCCACGCACAGCGCACACACCGACCCCGGCCCCGUCUCCGCUCCCGUCGCAGCUGCCGCCCGCUCCUCCACACCGAGCUCCGGCUGCUCCCCCGUUCCCGCAGAUCCCUCUUCCACGGGCACGUAGCGGUCCCGCAUCCAGCCGCUGGCUGAGAGCCGGCACCGCGCUGCCCCGCUCACAAGGACCAGAGAAGCGGCCCGUAUCACUGCCCAGUUAAGCAACAGAGCGACCGGAGGGUGCUGGGUUCCUUGGGGGGAGGGUGGUGGUUAAAGAUAGCAAAGUGAUUCUUAUAAAGGUUUUAAAAACAACCAACCAAACACAAAACUGGCCGAAAUUGGAAGUGCUGAUGAGUAAAUGAGCCUUUUGUCCCCGCCCUGUGCUGCUUUUUGGUUUGUCUGGGGUUUUUCUUGUUAUGCAUUACCUAUGAGCGUGGCAGCCAGCACAGCUCCCAGCUUGCAGUAGGUGGUAGUUGCUCUCGAUCUAACACUGCCUUCAACAUUCCGCCUUCCGAGCCGCUUUAUCUGUUCUCCUCCUGUAGCUGUUAUGGCACAGAGCUGGAAAGCUGGACUAGGAGCCUUAUGUUAAAGCCCUCGUGUCUGAAACUGAACUGUAGCCAUGUUCACUGUCUGGAAUGACUGGAUGAGAGAGGAAUAUUUAAACAAACGAGAUGUGUGCUUUAAACCUCCUGUUGGAGAACAGGAAGGUGCUGUUUACAGGUGAUGGUCUGUGUGCAGGGUGGAGGAUUUGCCCCCAUGUCAGCAGGGUCUGCCCGCUGCCUUUUGGUUGCUGCGGAUCCACACAGCCAGACCUGCAUGCGAUGGGCUGGGAGCCUCAAACUGCUUCCCCUUAACUCAGCACAGCCCGAGGCCAGGCUGCGGGAUGGAGCUGAGCCCCACGCACUCAGGCCCUGCCCUCACUCUGCUCACAGGCCGUUCUCACCCUCUGCAAGAGCAGAAACGUUUCUUGCUGAUUUGGUGCCUGACUUUUUGAAGAGCUUAUCCAGGCUUUUUCUAACAUCUCCCUCACCACGAUGCCACACGUGAAGCCAUUCCCUCCAGCCUGAGAAUCACGACCAUGUUCUGGUAUCUCACACUGAGCUGUGGGCAGAUCCUGGUCUCCACAGGCUGAUGUAAAUGCUGACUUACCAAACACCCCAUAUCCCCAUGUUUACACUCUGGGCACACAGACCGCACUCUGGUUUGGUGUGAAUCUUUUCCUGCUCCAAAGAGAUGGAUUUUAGGCUGCUGAAAAACCAGCAAACUGAGGGAGGAGGGCUCUAUUUUUUGUACUUUACAGCCAGGUUUUAGAGCAGUGCCUACGAAUCACGUGGUCACAUUAUUGUAGAGCCGCGAGGGACUGAAAAUGCCCUUUAUAAUGUACAAAAAUAUUUUUCUAUUGGUUUUUUUUUUUCUUAAAACAAAAAGUCACUUUUUUUUUCCCCCAUUGGACUCCACUUUUAAACAAGUUCAUGCAUCAGACUGGACAUCACCGAACAAGACAAGACCUCUCACUGCUCUGCAGCAUCUCUGGGCUCAUUCCCCCAUUUAGGUACUUCUGCUUACAUAGAUCUUUAACUCGUUGUAGCUUAGAGGACCCACCCAAACCUGUUACUUUAUUCCCCUUCUGUGUAAAUGUAACUUCAGAAGCACUGAUCGAAAGCCACGUGCACAGACUUAGAGCUGUUCCAGCCCUUAAGAAGCAGCGUUACCUGGAGCGCCCACCAGCUGCACGCGCUGCACUCACAGCUCACAGUGCAGCCCUUGCUCACACACCACACACUCAUCUUUAAGUUAUUUCAGCAGGCUCACACAGCAGCACGGCCCAGCACUGAGCACAGCAGCUCAGCCAUGCCCAGACCUGACACAGACUCUUCUGACUGCACAUUACAUAUGUAAACCUUAAAAAAAAGCUUAGUCUUGGCUCACAGUUCUUCACUCUGAGCCUCUGAUGGAAGGUGCUGCCCAAGGGACAACUGCUGUAAAAGCCACAGCUGACAGAUGGGCCACACUGCACCCGUUAUUGGGCAGAACAGGGUGUAAAGCUGGGAUAACGCAGUACCUGCCUGGUAUUCCAGGGCUGGAUGAAAUGUAACUCGGCAGCAAAGAUGGGUAUAGAGAAAUACCAGACAUCUCUGAGUAACAGCAGAGGAAAUGUAAGGGAAAGUCCUGACCAGUAUUAAACUACAUGUUGUGACUGAGGACCAGGUAGCACUAACAGCCCUCAUUCAUUUCAGAGCUCGUUAGGACUUCAUCUAUUUCAAUGCUACUCGCAGCCCCUCCAUGGAACCCACACUGCCUGCCUUGGUCAGGGUGUGCUGAUAGGGAACAGGCCCAUCUGUUACAGCCUCCUCUCAUCACUGCUGCUCAGUUCCUGCACAGCCUCCCUGGUGAGACCUGCCUUCCCUUCCAUGGGAGCCCUCCCACAUGCAUUCACUGCACAUUAGUGGGCAUUCCCACAGUCACACGCAGGUACACAACGUGCUCCUCAACAUCUCACACCAACACAGCACCGUCUCAGCCUCUGCUGUUCCCCAAUUGCUCUUAUGGCACAGCUGAGAAAACCUCAAUCUUACCCCAAAACAACUAAGAGACCUCAGAGCUGCCCAUUGCUGAGACAACACAGCAGCUGACCAGCUUCAUACACACACCCCAUGGUUAACAGUGCCAAAACACAGUUACAUUAGCAGUGCCAAAGGAACCUUCAGAAACGCUCUAUGAAGUGUCACCACUUUGUGCUCGUGUGCUUUCUUAAUGGAAGGAAAACAUCGCCCUGAAGGUUUUAAUCACAGAAAAAAAUUGGUUUUUCCAGUUGUUACAACAAUCUCAGCUUCUCUCCACUGACACGUCUGAGUUCCUAAAGCAGUUUGAAUGUAGAAGUCAUGGAAAUACCACUUCAUUAAACCAAGUGAAACCACUGUCUGUAUGUAGCAGGGAUCAAUGUUUUGCAGCUGUCCUUUCAUUUGUCCAAUGAUUAUCCAUCAUUUGUUGUAAUUUUUUUUUACUUCACCGAGUUUGUAUUUUUUUGGCUUUUAUGUUCAAAAAUAUGUUUAUAGCUUUAUAAAUAAAGUAAUUGCCAGGCUGGCUGUUCAGAAUAGGCCACUGGAAACGAUAAUCCUA